CGUUACUGGCUUCGUAGAAGGGGAGGUGAACCUCUGACGUCAGCACAAGACGCGCAUAAAUACUCCACGCACUCCAAAACCUUCAGAGACUUGAGAAGUUAGGGCAAAUGUAUAAGUCAUAUGAAGCUUUUCUGCAUACACAGCCUGUGAUCGGGGGAUACACAUUAAUUAAUCGAGCCGUGAAUAGCAGCUGAUCAACAAGCGGUUGAUCAAAGUGGGAAUUAAAAAAAGUGAGCAUUCGUGUGUGUUUUUUUUUUUUGUACUGGUGCAGGUGUUUCGCGAUCAGCCUCCGCAGAACCUCAUGGUCACCGCUUAAGGACUUUUUAAGCAGUUUUAUACCUGUUGCAGACACGAGGUUUAUUCGCCGCGCAUCGUGGAAUUGUCAUCUCCAUUCAUGAGUGUGUCCAUGCUGGAGUCGGAGUGCGUCUCGCCACCGUGCAGCAUCGGCUGGGGGAAUGAACCUGCCAACUUCUACGAGAGCAGACCGAGCGCGCUGCAGGGCGUCUACAAGCCGGGCCGGGGCGCCGCCGCGCCGGAGGACAGCAGCCUGACCGAGCUCAGCACCGCUCCGGCCAUGUACGACGACGAGAGCGCCAUCGACUUCACUUCCUACAUCGACUCCAUGUCCUCGGUGCCAAACCUGGAGCUGUGCAACGACGAGUUUUUCGCCGACCUGUUCAGCACCGUGAAGCAGGAGAAGAGCGAGUUCAGCCACCUGACUGGCGUGGCGCAGCAUCCGGCCGUCCUGAAGGAGCCGCUCCGGAACGGCGAUGACAGCUUCGUGAGGGGGUCCUUCAACGCUCCCGUGAAGCAGGAGUCCGACUGGAGUGACAGCGACACGCCCGCCUCGCUGCCGUCACAGAUCGAAACGUGCGCGCAGACCACGGUGACCCUGCAGACCGGGCAGCCCACGCCGCCGGCCACCCCGGAGCCCGGCGCCGCCCAGCCGUCGCCCCGCAAGGUCGCCAAGGAGAAGGGCAAGAAGUCGGUGGACCGCUACAGCCUGGAGUACCGGCAGAGGCGAGAGAGGAAUAACAUCGCCGUGCGGAAAAGCAGGGACAAGGCGAAACAGCGCAACCUGGAGAUGCAGCAGAAGAUGGUGGAGCUGAGCACCGAGAACGAGCGGCUGCACAAGACCAUCGAGCAGCUGAGCCGAGAGCUCAGCAGCCUGAGGAACUUCUUCAAACAGGUCCCCGGCUCCACCUUCCCGGACUCUGCAGCCGCGGAUAUUCGGUGACACUUAGCAAAGCCGCCCCCUACCCCCACAACGAUACCUCAAGCCGACUACCAAUAAACCAUCUGUAGCAGAUGUACUGUAAAGUUACUCGAGACAGUAUAGCACUGAUACGAGUACCGAGUAUUUUUCUAUAUCAGCUGAUGCCUGUGAUAUAGCUGUCAUAAUCACUUUUUUCAGGCAGAUAUUUUCUAUUUUAAAUUAUUUUACGACUUAAAUUUGUAGUCAUAUUAGCUAUGGUACGCCUUUUACAAUUCCAAAAAACCUUUGUAUGUUUGCAAGGAACGAGAGAGAGCAUGUUUGGUUUUUUUUAUUGUUUGUACAUAAUUUUGACUUUUUGUAAGUAAAAUCUAAAUAAAACUGCUUUAAUGUCAUCUGUA